UGAUUUCGAAGAGCCGACCGUUUCUGUCUUGUCUGCAUCGACGACUCCAGUUACUUCUGGAUUCACUACACCGGUCGGGAUGUUGACACCCAAAGACGAGCCUGAAAUUUUCGAGCUCCCAGUUGUCUCAGAAGGAGUCCCCACUCCUGCGUCUUCUAUUAUACAGACUCCGACACUGGUCCCCGAUGAUUCGAAGAAGCAACGUCGAACGGAAAUCAUAUGCUAUUGCACUCUUCUGUGGGAACAUUUCAUGGAAGGAUGGAAUGACGGUUCUGUUGGUCCAUUACUUCCGUCUAUGCAGAACCACUAUCAUGUCGGUUACACCAUAGUCUCCAUGAUUUUCGUACUCAAUUGCAUCGGGUUCCUUUCAGGAGCCAUUGCAAAUAUUAGACUUGUCCAAAAACUCGGGUUUGGAACGACGUUGAUAGUCGGUGCGGUCUCUCAUGCCAUUGCAUAUUGCAUCCAGGCCCCGACUCCGCCUUUCCCUGUCUUUGCUUUUGCAUACAUAUUCUCCGGAUUCGGAAUUGCCCUGCAAAAUGCCAAUGCCACGGUUUUUGUUAUAAAUCUUAGGAACAGCUCGGCGAAGAUAGGAAUUCUGCAGGCUGCCUACGGGUUGGGUGCUCUCGUCUCCCCUUUGGUUGCGACAAAGUUCUCUUCGAUGCCUCACUGGUCCUAUCAUUACUUCGUAUCGCUAGGUGGGUCUGUCAUCAAUCUAAUUGCGUUAUGCCUUGUCUUCCGCUUCCAGCACAUGGACGUGGUGCUCCGAAAGGCCGGUCAAAUCGUCGUAGAUCAUGGUAGUGCAUCAAGACGAGGCUUGUAUGGCCAGGUGUUCCGGUUGAAAGUCGUCCAUCUGCUCGCAUUUUUCGCGCUUGUCUACGUCGGAAUCGAAGUCACUAUUGGCGGCUGGAUUGUAACUUUCGUACUAGACGAGCGGAAUGGCGGCGCGUCAUCCGGUUACCUAUCAUUCGGAUUCUUUGCUGGGCUGACCACUGGUCGUCUGGCUCUUCACUGGUUUAGCCGAGUGGUCGGCGAUCGGCGAGUUGUAUAUCUGUACACGGUUCUCUGUAUUGCACUCGAAAUUACUAUUUGGUGUAUCCCAUCUCUAAUUGGAAACGCCAUCGCCGUUGCUUUGAUUGGAUUCUUGCUCGGUCCGAUCUAUCCCAUCAUCACCAAUGUCGCUGGCAGACUCGUUCCGCACUGGCUACUUAACGGAGCAGUCGGUUGGAUUGGUGGUCUCGGACAAAUGGGCUCUGCCCUCCUCCCAUUCGUAACAGGUGCACUGUCCUCAAAAUUCGGCGUAAUGAGCUUGCAACCUCUGAUCUUGAGCGCUUUAUGCUCAAUGUUGAUUCUUUGGGCCGCAGUCCCUCCUGAUGUCCGGCGUUCAGAGUAAUCCGCCACAAAAAGUGCCUUUGCAAAGCCUUAGAAUGGUCCUUGUUGGAUCACCGAUUGUAUUGGCCUCUUUAUCUCAAGGUUGUUAAAUUUUUGUCGUGUCCUUUUAUUUUAUGUAAGCCGACGGGUCAAUUCUCAGUUUUAAUAGAACUUUUAUUCCCUCGAAUAUGGAAUUUUUCUUUACGUAACCAUGAUGAUCAUGACAUUUUCUUUCUAAAGUAGGUAAACGUGUACAUAGUCAUGAAAAAAUGAACGGAUGCUUUCUUUGUAGUUGCCGGCAUUCACGUAAAGCGCAUCACUCUAGGCAGCGCAUAUUUGAAUCGGUAUGUGUACUCGCUCGGGCACAGGAUCUCCAUCGCAUACGCCUCCCAACCUUACAUCUCGAGUAUUCAAGAGUCCCUCGUACACGAGGCCUGACCUUGGCGGUAAUAAGUGAUGCGCCAUGCGUGCUAUGUGGCGCCAGGUGGUAGUUAAACACCAUAUGUUAGGCUUGCUGAGGAAAACCAAUCCAGCGAACAUGAAUUGCGAGCCUAAGAGGUCGACAGUGUGCAGAUGUGUAUGACCCCUCUUUGCACCACGAGUCACGUAGCUGGUCAUUUGUUUAACGAUGCUU